AUGAAUUCUUCAACACUAUGUUCCCUAAUCCUCUGCCUGAUCACCAUUUCUCAUCAUCCUUUGCCUGCAAAUGCUAGAGCUCAUGGUCAUCGUGAGCUAAUUGGUAGCAGUGAGAACCUAAUUAAGCAAAUUUGCAAGGAAACCUUUGAAGAAGAGAUAAACUGCAUGAGCAUUCUGAGAGCAGAUCCUCAAAUAGUGCAUGCAACAAACAUUUUUGGAUUUUCAAAGGCAAUUCUGGAGUUGGCUUUGAAGAAGGGAGAAGAGGGGCAAAACUUUCUGAAGGGAUUGGUAAAAACAACAAAAUCUGAAGCCAUUGCUUCAUGUGCAAACAAAUGCUAUGAUGGGGUGGUUGGAUCAUUUUCUAGUGCUCUUGCUGAGUUGAAAGUAAGUCCUGAUACAGCUAGUUAUGAUGCAAAAGUUGCUGGAGAUGGCUCUGUAAACUGCGAAACAGCCUUGGCUAAUGCACAUAUCCUUAACCCUGCCAUUUCUUCUCUUAACCAUCAAAUUUGGUUACUUAGCAAAAUUGCAUCCCUAGCCACAAAUAAAAUUACGAUGUAA